AUGUCUCAACCCGCCCUCAACAAGAUCGCGGCGAACAGCCCUUCGCGGGCUCACCCCUCUGAGCUGGAGCAGAACAUCGCCGGCGCCCUCUACGAACUCGAACAGAACAUCCCAGAUCUCAAGUCCGCCCUGCGACCGCUGCAGUUCGCUUCUGCUCGUGAGCUCGAGGUCGGCCACAACAAGCGCGCCAUCGUCAUCUUCGUCCCCGUCCCCCUCCUGCCUGGCUUCCACAAGGUCCAGCAGCGCCUGACCCGCGAGCUGGAGAAGAAGUUCUCCGACCGCCACGUGCUGAUCCUGGCCUCGCGCCGCAUUCUACCCCGUCCCAAGCGCUCCAACCGCAGCCGAACCUCCCAGAAGCAGAAGCGCCCCCGUUCCCGCACCCUGACCGCCGUUCACGACGCCAUCCUCGCCGAUGUUGUCUACCCCGUCGAGAUCGUUGGCAAGCGUACCCGCACCAAGGAGGAUGGCAGCAAGGUGUUGAAGGUCGUGCUGGACGAGAAGGAGCGUGGUGGUGUUGACUACAGACUCGAUACCUACGCCGAGGUGUACCGGAAGUUGACCGGCCGGGUGACGGGUUUCGAGUUCCCUGUUUCCGGUGGUGCUGAUUAUUAG